AUGAAUGUUAUUAAUCAUACUUGUCUCGAUCAUUAUGAUAAUAAUACUGAACGUCUUGUCAAUGCUCUUUUUGAUAAUACUGUUCCAGAACAUCUCAAAACUGAAACAUCAUAUAAAUCAUCAAUAAUACCAGAAUUUACAACAAAUAUUAAUGAUGAUUAUGAUCAAUCAUUGUUCAAUCAAAAUCUUUCUCUUGUUGGACAACGUUUGAAUGUAUACGAUAAUGAUGAAUUUGAUUUCUAUAAUCGAGCAAAUGUUGAUCUUUCAAAAAUACAUCAAGGAAAAAAAACACGAGAUACUUUAUCAAUUCUGGAUGAUAAAUCACAUUUAGAAGGCAUGGAUGAACGUUAUUCUCGUUUAGGAAUUGUUGCAGAUCUAACUGAUGGAGAAUAUGAUGAUGAAUAUGAUGAUACAUAUGAUGAUGGAAUUGUCAAUGUUAGAGAUAAAGAUGAUACAAUUGAUAAUGAAGUAGCAAAGAACGAAAAUAGAUUACUUGGAAAACAACCAGGACGUUUUCGUCAACAGCAUGAUGAUGGUGAUGAAGAAGAUGAUGAUAAUCAAAAUCAAAAUAAACGUCGUCAACAAUUUGUUGAAAAUCCUGAAGUUGUUCGUGAACGAUGGGCACAACAACGAGCAGCUUGGCAACAACGUUAUCGACCACAUCAAUCACAUAAUCAACAACAACAACAGCAGCAACAACAACAACAACCGCAACAGCAUGAUGUUGUUGGAAAUGCUCGUGGUCGUGGUCAAACAACCACUGUUCAACAUAAUCGACGUUAUAAAGAUGCACAUAAAUCAGCUCAAGGAAAUCAUCAUCGUCGUGAUCGAGCUGCACAAAAAGCCAAUCGAGGAUUACUUUCUUAA